AUGGCAGACCUCAACCUCAACGAGAUCCACGACUUCAUGAUCUCGGUCGCUAGAAGCGCCGCAGACCGCAUCACCUCUGCGACACCGACGACAUCGUCCUCGGGCUCGAAAAAGAACUCGGUCGACCUCGUCACGGAAACGGACCAGGCGGUUGAAAAGCUCAUUUCCACCUCGCUCCGCGAAAAAUACCCUGCGUUUGCCUUCAUGGGCGAGGAGACGUACGCGCCCGGCGACACGCUCACCGCCGCGCCGACCUUCGUCUGCGACCCCAUUGACGGCACGACCAACUUUGUGCACCGGUACCCGUACGUGUCGAUAUCGCUGGGGCUGGCCGUCGACCGCAAGCCUGUCGUUGGCGUCGUGUACAACCCCUUCACGCAGACGCUGUACUCGGCCAUCAAGGGCCAGGGCGCCUAUCUCAACCAGAGUGCCAGGUUGCCCCUCACGGAGCCGACGCCGCUGGAGACGCUGAACACGUGCUUGGUCGCUGUCGAGUGGGGGAGCGAUAGGAGUGGGAACGACUUCACGGUCAAGAGCGAGACGUUUAAAAAUCUCGCGGCCACAAAGGAGAACGGAGGGGGUAUGGUGCACGGGCUGAGAUCGUUUGGGUCUGCGGCACUGAAUCUGUGUGGAGUCGCGAGCGGAGGCUUGGAUAUCUAUUGGGAAGCCGGCUGCUGGGCGUGGGAUGUGUGUGCUGGCUGGAUCAUCUUGGAAGAAGCCGGCGGCAUCAUCGUCGAUGCGAACCCAGGGAACUGGGAGCCGAGGGUGGACGAGCGCAGAUACAUGGCUGUGCGCGGCGGUGAGGGUCAGAAGGAGAUAGUCGAAGAAUUCUGGGGCCUGGUGCAUGGCAAGUUCGAGGUCGGCGUAUGA